AUGGACGGCGGGCGCGGUGUCUUCACCUCUCCACUGAUUGGUUGGUUUUUCCAUGCACGAAACAUGCCUGUCCAAAUGAGUCAUUGGCUUCUCUGUCUUCUCUUCAUUGGUUUUGCAUUUUCUUUUAACAAUUUUGAGGUUCCGCCACUAUGUAGACCGCAGCUACAGACUGCAAACUGCUGGUACUACCGUCCAAACUAUGUCUACAAUCACCUCCUUGAUCGGUGCAUCUGGAGUGGAUGGAGCUCGUGCAAUUCGAAGCUGAACAGUUUCAAGACCCGUAGGGAAUGCGAGCUAAUCUGCCUCGGUGGUCGUCGACGGAGCAGUCCGCGACUGCAAGAGAGCGACGAGUACUACUCUCAAGGCUUCUAUGGUGAGGUGCCGCAGAAGAGGAGGUACUGGCCCUACGAAGUCCAUCCAAUUGACUAA